AUGAAAAUCGGUAGACUGCGGGAAUUGACGCCGUUCGUGAAGGAAGCACUGCAGAAAACCGCACGGGUAGCACAGUUCCUAUGCGUCCUCCACGUUACCGGCACCUACCUCUGUUUACCCGCCAAAGUAACGCUUUCUCAGCUUGUACCUCUGUGUACAACCGCUAUUGACCUCUUUCUGUGGUGCAUUUUGCAGACCGUCGGCCCCAGUAUGCUCCCGACGUUCAGAGACGGCAACAUCAUCUUGACGGAGAAACUAACGAGCCGUUCGGGGAAGGUCGGGUCGGGCGACGCGGUGCUCGUCCGGAGCCCCGAGGAUCCGACGAAGGUUAUGGCCAAGCGGGUCAAGGCCGUCGAGGGGGACGUGGUUUCGUACGCGCCGGACCCUAAGAACAGUGAUGAACAUAAGACUGCUGUUGUACCAAAGGGUCAUGUUUGGAUCGAGGGGGAUAAUAUGCUGAAUAGUCGUGAUUCGAGACACUUUGGUCCUGUCCCGUAUGCACUUAUACACUCCAAAGUGUUCCUUGUGAUAUCUAAUGGGUUUCCUCAGCUUGAAUGUAAUGCAUCGUUUGGCCUCCUGAGGAUUUCAGAUCAGUUGGCAAAAAUGCUUUGUGAUUUUAGCUUGCAAGUAAAUCGAUCAAUUGAGGCGCACUUUUUGACAGCACUGGAAAAAAUACAGCAACUGAGAAGAGGAGGAACGGUCUCUGAUAGAAUAGAUUUGUCUUUGAUUGUUUUGAGUAAGUCAAUAUGAGGAUGAAAUUUUGUUUUGUGUUUAAUGUGCUAAAUUUCAAUUAGACUUUUGAAAAUUCAUGAGUUUACAAAUGUAGGUAGCAUUUUUUUUGUUGCUAUUGUCUUUUACAGGAUUUGUGCACAAAUAGCAAGGGGAGCUAAAAAAUGCAUUGUGCUUGGAUACAAUUUUUUUUUUAAA